CGAGUCGCCUUCUUUACGAAGAACCAGCGCCGGCCCUGAACCAGCAGCACCAAGAGUGCAUCCGUGGAUCAGCAUUCUGGAGACAAGCAAAGCUUUGGAGUAUUUAGGAUGCAGGCAUUUGCUUUUCACCGCGUCUGCAGAGAAUCCAGACAGCUUUCCUUCGAGUUCAUUCGAGCCAACAGUCAUCGCUCAGCAUCAGCAAGCAGCAGGUCAAACGACUGUCAAUCCGCCAGGAGUAAAACGUGACCGACAGUCAAGGGAUGGCGACCAACCCGUCCACUCAGGGGAGGCCACGUGGCGAGUUCCUGCACGAGACGCGGGGCGGCGUGGCGUUCACAAAGCUGCCGAUCCUGCGGCACGUGCUGAAGAAAGAGCUGGUCCCUAUCAUCCCCCUCUUUGCCGCCAUGGGUGCCGCCAUUGGAAUGGUCGGCUGGAUCUGUGCCAGGGAGCUUUUGGGCUCCCCUGAGAUUCGAGCCAGGCUGAAUAAGACCACGCGCUCGACAGGAGUUGCCGAGCUCGAAGACCCGGACCGCAUGGAAGAGUUGGGCAAGAACCACCUCAAGAAAACUUUCCUCCGGGACUUUGUUCGGAACCCCAUGUUUGCGCCCAUUCUGUGGUUCCAGGCGAUGCCCAGCAAAUUCGAGUACAAGGAAAAUCCAGUAAUCGUGCAGAUGAGGGAAAACGCUGCCAAAGAGUCAAUCAAGGGCGGCGCGCAAUCGUAAAAGCAGUUCCCGCAAUCGCGGAGGUUCGUCUGAUUUAAGUGCGCCCCCGCCCACAUUCACCGACCGAACAAGACUUCCAAGACGGGUGGCGCGGCUUGAACCGUCAAAAAGACUUCCGAAUCGACAACUGCUCGUGUGCUUCACAACAAGAGCUGCCACGAAAACAUCUAGAGAAGCGAUCUAGACGGUUUUUGACGGCGGCGACUUCCGACUAGGAUCGCCGGCAUCAGGCAGUCAAACGUCAUUGCCGUUUCUAGAAAUGGCCUCGUGCACGGGCGAGAAAACGUAGUUACAGAAAUUCGCUCGGUUUGCUUUGCAGCGACAGGCAGGCCAACAACCUUCGACGGACAGCACAGAUGUAAGUAACAGUGCAUUCGGUUAUAUAGUUCAUGCGUUACGUAAUACCGAUAGACAAUAGGUAUUACCAUUCGAUAGAGAGCUCACGUGUAAGUAACAGUGCAUCGCAUUAGCAUUUACGCGUCGAAGGAAAGCGGAGCAGACCAAGAGGCCGGUGCCGCGCCGGACUAUGAUUGGAAAGAACAGGUCAGGAUCGACGCACUGCAUUCAUGCUCUUUUCCCUCUCACACUAGUUUGCACGAGAACUUUCGCCCCCCGG